AUGGAACUGACAGGAGAGUUCAUGUUUCAAUUUGACAAAGAUGAGAACUUUUAUGUGGAUUUGGAUAAAAAAGAGACCAGACGCAGACUCCCACAGUUUGGUGAAAUAAGCAGCUUUGAGGCAGCUGGAGCGUUGCAGAAUACUGCUAUGCUGAAAAAUAAUCUUGAAGUUUUAAAACAAUGGUCAAACUCCUCAAAAGCCCUGGCCUCCUCCAACUCUGCUACCGCCGGCCUCCACGACCAUUUCUGCCGCCACUUCCACCUCCCGGCCUCCUCCUUCACCAGCGUCACCGCCACUACUGCCGGUCCCCACGGCAUCGGAUGUUAUUCUGACAGCGAUGCAGAUGAGUGCCCAGAGGUAGCGGGGCAUCACGUCAUGUCUGGCCAGUUCACCGGCAGAGUAGGCCAGGCACCAGAGGCAGGAGCAGAUCUUGAGGCGCCAUCUCUCCCUUCAGAGACAUCGGAGACUUUGAUCUGUGGCCUUGGCCUUUUUGUUGGAUUUGUCGGGAUCAUUGCUGGAGCUGUUCUGAUUAUUAAAGGAAUGAGAAUUAAUGCUGAACAAAGAAGAAGAAGAGGAAACUAA